AUGACUGAGGUACCACUUUGUCAACUAGGCGAUACUUAUGUACCAACGUACUUAGCCGUGUUGGUGAGACCUGAUUUUGACCCAUUCCACACGGCAAUCAUUGCACCGCUGGUAGGACGUGUAAUUGCCACUGUAAUCACGGCACCAACAGCAAGACCAAACACACACAGCCGCUUUUGGGGCUGGUACAGCAGGCAUCUCGAAGACAAGAGUUUGGUUGAUAAGAAGGGGGUUGCUUUAUCUUCAACUGCGAGAUAUAGUAACUUAAUCGAAAGAGGUGAAGAAUCAAUUUGUGGUAAAAUACAAUGCUCUGGUCGAUUUCGGACGUGGUGCUCGUAUGAAAGAUGUAGAUUUAUGAUGUUGGAUAGAAGAAUCAAAGAAAGGCAAAACGAAAGGAGACCAAAGCCUUCAUUUAAAGAAAAUGUCUUCGCUCGAAGAAGUUUUCACCGAAGAACACUUCGGUGUACCGAAAUGUUGAAGUCGUGGCCAAAACAUUAG